GCUUUGUGAAAAGAAAGCAAGCAGUUGUGUCAGUCAGUGUCUGCAUCUUCUUUUAUUCUGACAGUGUGUUUAGCUGAAAGUUUUUUUUGCAACCUGUACAAAGUUGGAGGAAACAUGGCCACAAGGAAACAAGGAGACACUUUGUGCUUCUACAUCAAUGGAAAAAAGGUCACGGAGAACCAUGCAGACCCUGAGAUGACGCUGUUACCCUUUCUCAGGGAGAAAUUGAGGUUAACCGGAACCAAGUAUGGCUGUGGAGGUGGAGGCUGCGGGGCGUGCACGAUUAUGGUGUCCCGCUAUCAACCUGCCUCCAAAACCAUCAGACAUUUCUCUGCCAACGCCUGCCUCCUGCCGCUCUGUCAGCUCCAUGGAGCUGCAGUCAUCACGGUGGAGGGCAUCGGCAGCACCAAGACCAGGAUCCACCCUGUGCAGGAGCGGAUAGCGAAGGCUCACGGCUCCCAGUGUGGCUUCUGCACUCCAGGAAUGGUGAUGUCCAUGUACACUCUGCUGAGGAACCGACCUCAGCCCACCAUGGAGGACAUCACGCAGGCUCUGGCUGGUAAUCUGUGUCGUUGCACUGGGUAUCGACCGAUUAUUGACGGCUGCAGGACUUUCUGUCAGGAAGCCAACUGUUGCCAAAUCAAUGGAGUCGGAGAAUGUUGCCUCAACGGAGAGAAAAAUAUCAGUGAACCAGAGCAGGAAAAGCAACAGUUGUUUAACAAAGAAGACUUGUUGCCUCUGGACCCCACGCAGGAGCUGAUCUUCCCUCCCGAACUGAUUCUGAUGGCAGAGACGGCAAACCCAGAGACACUCACCUUCCAUGGGGAGAGGAUGACCUGGGUUCUCCCCACCUCACUGGAGGAGCUGGUCCAUCUGAAGACCAGUAACCCUAAUGCUCCACUUGUCAUGGGCAACACUAACAUAGGUCCAGACAUGAAGUUCAAAGGUGUCCUACAUCCACUGAUAAUAUCUCCAACCAGAGUAAUGGAGCUGUUUGAGGUCACUCAGACACCACAGGGUGUUUGGUUCGGAGCCGGCUGGAGUCUCUCUGAGGUUCAGUCUCUUCUGGAGGAUCUGGUUCCUCAGUUUCCAGCGACGAAGACCGAACUCUUCAAGGCCCUGAUCCAGCAGCUGAGGAACCUGGCAAGCCAGCAGAUCCGUAACGUUGCCUCUCUUGGAGGUAACAUCGUGAGCGCGUACCCUAAUUCAGACCUGAACCCCAUUUUGGCUGCUGGGAAUUGCAAACUUAGCGUCUUUUCCAGCGGAGGAAAACGAGAGGUCGCGCUCAAUCAGGACUUCUUUGUGAGUUUGGGGAAAACCGUCCUGAAACCAGAAGAGAUUGUUGUCUCUGUUUUCAUUCCCUUCUCCAGAAAGGGGGAGUUUGUCCGAGCUUUCCGUCAGGCUCCGAGGAAGGAGAGCGCCUUUGCCACCGUGACGACCGGGAUGCGCGUGCUUUUCUCCGAGGGUUCCAGAGUCGUGGAGGACGUCAGUAUUUACUACGGAGGAAUGGGACCGACCACUGUGUGUGCUGCCAAAACCUGCUUAGCCCUCAUUGCAAAGCCAUGGAACGAUGACACUCUCAGCCCGGUCUAUGACAUCCUCCUGGAAGAGUUGACACUGCCUCCUUCAGCUCCAGGAGGAAAAGUAGAGUUCCGGCAGUCGUUGACUCUCAGCUUCCUCUUCAAGUUUUACCUGGAGAUCCUGCAGAAGCUCAGAGAAAUGAAUGUGAUCACAGACGAGCUUCUUGAGAAGAUGCCGAUCCAACCUUUACCCAGAGAGAUCCAACCCGGCCUGCACGAAUUUCAGAAUGUGUCAAAGGACCAGAGCAACCAGGACCCAGUGGGACGUCCCAUCAUGCAUCGCUCUGCCAUCAGCCAGGCCACAGGUGAAGCCGUCUACUGUGACGACAUCCCCAGAACAGAGGGGGAGCUCUUCCUGGCUCUGGUCACCAGCUCUCGAGCACACGCUAAGAUCACGGGUCUGGACGUGAGCGAAGCUCUGCAGGUUCCUGGUGUCGUCGAUGUGGUCACAGCUGGAGAUAUUCCUGGAAAGAAAGUUCGAACCCUGGAAGGUUAUGAUGAGGAGCUGCUUGCUGAGAAAGAGGUGUCCUGCGUUGGUCAGAUGAUAUGUGCAGUGCUCGCUGAUACCAGAGCACAUGCUAAACGAGCUGCGGCAGCUGUGAAAAUCAGCUAUGAAGAUUUGCCAGAGCCUGUUUUCACCAUAGAGGAGGCGGUUGAAAAGUCAUCUUUCUUUGAGCCUCAGAGGACGAUUGAGAGAGGAAAUGUAACCGAGGCUUUUAAAAGUGUUGAUCAGACUUUUGAAGGUGAGGUUCGAAUAGGUGGACAGGAGCAUUUCUACAUGGAGACUCAGUCUAUGCUGGUGGUUCCAGUCGGAGAGGAGGCGGAGUUUAAAGCUUACGUCUCCUCUCAGUGGCCCACUUUAACUCAGUUGGCAAUAGCAGAGACACUGGGCAUCCCGUCCAACAGAGUCACCUGUCAUGUCAAAAGGAUCGGCGGAGGUUUCGGAGGGAAAAUCUGUAAAACAGCCAUUCUGGCUUCCAUUACCUCUGUGGCUGCUUGGAAGACCAAUCGCGCAGUCCGCUGUGUUCUGGAACGAGGUGAGGACAUGCUGAUUACAGGAGCUCGUCACCCUGUCCUGGGAAAGUACAAGGUUGGCUUCAUGAAUGACGGAAGGAUUGUGGCUGCAGAUCUCCAGUACUUCACCAAUGCUGGAAACACGGUGGAUGAAUCUGUUUCGGUGGUUGAGAAGAUCCUGUUCCACGUGGACAAUGUUUACAAUAUCCCCAACCUCCGAGGUCGUGGUGCUGCCUGCAGGACAAACCUGCCCUCCAACACUGCUUUCAGAGGCUUUGGUGUACCGCAGAGUGCAUUUGUUGUGGAGAACAUGAUCAACGAUGUGGCCAUGGUGUUGGGACGCCCUGCAGACCAGAUUCGGGAGACCAACAUGUACAAGGGGCUUUCACUCACUCAUUACAAGUUUGAGUUCAGUGCAGAGAACAUGCUGCGUUGCUGGGAGCAGUGUAAGGCCAAGUCUGACUACGACGCCCGCCGCAGAGCCAUCGAGCAGUUUAACCAGCAGAGCCGCUGGAAGAAGAGGGGGAUGUCCAUCAUCCCCAUUAAACAUGGCAACGCAAUAACUGAGAGGUCCUCUAAUCAGGCUGGUGCUCUGGUCCACAUCUAUCAAGACGGAUCUGUUGUGGUCACUCAUGGCGGGAUAGAGAUGGGUCAGGGAAUCCACACGAAAUUACAGCAGGUUGCAAGUCGGGAGCUUCAUAUUCCAGCCUCUAAGAUUCACAUCAGUGAAACAAGCACCAACACUGUUCCCAACAGCUCUGCCUCUGCUGCCUCCUUUACUGCUGACAGCAACGGCAUGGCCGUCAAGAAUGCCUGCCAGACUCUGUACCAGCGACUGGUGCCAAUCAGGGAAAAUAAUCCCAAAGGAUCAUGGGAAACCUGGAUCAAAGAAGCCUUUUCGGAGAAAAUCAGUCUAUCAGCGACUGGAUUUUAUGGAGGUCCAGACAUUUACAUGGACUGGGAGAAGAUGGAGGGUCGGCCUCAUGCUUACUUUGUGUUCGCGGCGUGUUGCUGUGAGGUGGAGCUGGACUGCCUCACCGGAGACUACACGACUGUGAGGACAGACAUUGUGGUCGACGUCGGCAGGAGUUUGAACCCCUCUGUGGACAUUGGACAGAUUGAAGGAGCCUUCAUGCAGGGUUUGGGUCUCUACACCAUGGAGGAGCUGAAGUUUUCCCCCUCUGGGCUCCUGUAUACUCGAGGCCCCUCUCAGUAUAAGAUCCCCGCCGUUUGCGAUUUGCCGCUUCAAUUCAACAUCUAUCUGCUGCCCGACUCGGACAACCCGCACGCCAUCUACUCCUCAAAGGGAAUCGGGGAACCCGUUCUUUUCCUGGGCAGUUCAGUGUUUUUCGCCAUCAAAGACGCCGCGGCCGCAGCUCGCUUACAGUCCGGUCUUGUCGGCCCAUUUUCCCUGGACAGCCCUUCGACACCAGAGAGGGCGUGUCUGGCCUGUGCAUCCGUGUUCACACAGAAGAUUCCAGUCAGCAAACUGAACGGAACUGACUAACUGAGAAUUAAAUGUAACUAACACUGAUGACCUAAUCCCCCCCCCUCCCCCCAAAAAAGAAAUGUAUUACAAAAUAUCCUAAAACAACAACAACUGAAUCUGAAAAAUGUGCUCAGGAAAAACUGUGUUGACGGCUUGUUAGAAUGAGGGUAACCCCCAAGACAUUACAGAAGAACAAUCAGUGUCCUCUGUGCAGCUACUCUAUCGAGAACCAUGGCCUCUGCCAAUACAGAGAGACAUAUUGCCACAGGCAUGGGGAGAAAUGCUUCGCCCACACCCAGAGAGUCUGUAUUUAAAGUUUUUUUUGACUACACUGUCAAAUCAUGUUUGUAACAGUGAUAAAUGGCGUGUUUCCACUUGCGCUACUCGCCCCGCCUCGGCACGGUACGAUUAUUUUGCGUUUCCAUUCGCCAUGGUACCUGGUACUAUUUCCUAAUGAUUCAUUACACUGAAAACAACUGCUUUACAAGUCAUUAGUGACUUUUUUUUAUGUCAUCACUGUACGGCAGUUUCAUGCAGCUGUACAGUGAUGACUCCGCCCACGUUGAGGAGGUACUAUAUUAUAAUGGAAACAAAACCUAAUCCGUGCCGAGGCGAGGCGAAGCGAGUUGAGCUGGGACCAUGGGUGGAAAAGUGGCUGAAUUGAAAGAUCAAGUGUUGCCGAUGUAAACAGUAUGAGUAGAACAUGCAAAUUGGUCUGUGUUUGCAAAGAGAAAAAAAAAAAAAGAUUGUGUAAUGAACAAAUAAUGCUGUAACAGAUGCAGUGAUUACCUGAACAAACACCUGAGGAUAACACAUCAGCUAAAUUAGGAUGUUUGUCUAACUUCAGUGAAAUCUACUUGAAUUAGUAAAUGGGUACAAAAACAGUGACGUUUGUAGAUGGUAUUAUGUACUAGUAUGUGCAUAAUCUGUUAUAUAAUCUGAUAAUCCCAAUUUAUUAAAGGGAAAAUAACGUCUGUCCCCAGA